AUGGGUUUAAUCGCGGCGUCAGUGGACUUCAAUCGUCUCGCCAAAUUCAUCAUCCUUGAAGUGCUCCGACAAGGUGUGGCUCCCACAAGGUGUGGCUCCCACAAGGUGUGGCUCCCACAAGGUGUGGCUCCCACAAGGUGUGGCUCCCACAAGGUGUGGCUCCCACAAGGUGUGGCUCCCACAAGGUGUGGCUCCCACAAGGUGUGGCUCCCACAAGGCGCGGACUAUUCUCUAGAGGUCUAUGACGUCACCCCAACGGAUAUCCUCCCCGGCUCCUCCACUCCGCUGGGUCCCCGCCUGCUGUACGGGGUGGGGGGCUUGGACGUGCCUCAAGGCGACCCCAUGCAAGUGGCCAAGAUCAUUCCACCGUCCAACGAGACCAUGCUGCAGCCGCAGCGACACAAGGCCAAGCAGCAAAUCAACCUCACUGACUCCUCGCGCACCUACCAGCUCUGGUGCCGUCAUUCCUCCUCCCCCUCACAACCCUCCCCCCUCCAACCCUUCCCCUCACAACCCUCCCCCUCACAACUCCACCACUCACAACCCUCCCCCUCACAACUCCACCACUCACAACCCUCCCACUCACCAAUUCAUCAUGAAUAUACCAGCUUUGGUCCCUCAUUUCGAUUCAAGUUCAAUCAACUUUUAGGCAUCUUAAAGCCGGGCUCUGCCCAUGUGGCGCCCAAUGCUACCAACCUCCUUUUCAUUCCAUCAGUUCUAUCUGGCCCCAUUGGGCCUCCCCUAACCCCCAGCUUCCAGGGCUCGGACGAGGCCCACAGCAUGACGGCUGUGUUCCUGGGGGUGAUAAUCGUGGUGGUGGCGGCGCUGCUGGCUGCCAUUGGCGUGAGUGUGACAAUCAACACGCGGAGGCUGCGAGAGAAGACGGCUGCACUGGAGAUGCUCAAGGAGAGGGCAGAGGUGGCGGAGCGCAACAAGGGUGUGUUCAUCGCCAACACUGCGCAUGAGCUGCGCACCCCGAUCUAUGGCAUGGAAGGCAUGCUGAAGCAGUUGGACGAGGGAGGUCUGGACUCGGGGCAGAGGGGGGACGUGGGGGCAGCAGUAGAGGAGGCGGAGCGGAUCCUGUCGCUCGUCAACGCUGUGUUGGACGUGUGCAAGGCGGACGCCGGCUGCCUGCACCUCGAAAGCCUGCCCUUUGCCCUCCGCCCCUGGUUGCGUGACGUGCUGCACCCACACGUGCACGCUGCUCAGGGGCGCGGCCUCAAAUUCGAGUCACAUGUCACCCUCGCCCAGCUCGACAGUUUGCCUCCAUUCUGUUACGUGAUUCGCCGACAUCUGCAGCUCCAACAUCCCGUGCCUCCCUUGGCCCAGAUCUGCAACCCUAUCGUUUCGCGUCCUUCCUACCCCUUGAUUCAGAUCCCCAGCCUCGCCACCACGCGCCCCUCCGUGGCCCAUGGUUUGUGCGCUGGUUGCGAGAGUUUUGCUACAGAAACAGAUUCUAAAAUAUCGUUUGCGCUUAUGAUCGAUUUGUUGCAAUAG